CGCGCCUCCAGCGCGGGGACCACAACUCCCAGCGUGCUCCGCGUCUCCGCCGCAGCCGCCGAGACCAAGAUGGCCGGGAGGCUCGCCACCUUUCUCAGGAACGCCUGGGCCAAGGAGCCGGUGCUGGUCGUGUCCUUCACCAUCGCCGGCCUCGCUAUAAUUCUGCCCUCGCUCAGCCCCUACACCAAGUACUCCGCCAUGAUCAACCAGGCCACGCCCUACAACUACCCAGUGCCCCUCCGGGAUGACGGGAACAUGCCCGACGUGCCCAGCCACCCCCAGGACCCCCAGGGCCCCAGCCUGGAGUGGCUGAAGAAGCUGUGAGCCCCUGUGUGGAUGGGCAGAGGCCCCAAUAAACGUGCGCGCACCA